ACAUUACAGCACAUGGUAAACGAGCGUGCGUGCUGCAAUGUUAGCUGCCAAAUUUUUGCUGAGAAGAAAAUGGAAGCUGAGCAGUGUGACUGUGCAGUUGCAGCGGUUUUCAUCAUCACGCACUGCUCCCAUAGACAUGGCUGCAAACGACGGUGAACUGAGGGUCUUCCUCGUCGCCGGCGAGGUCUCCGGUGAUUCCAUCGCUUCUCGUCUCAUGGCUUCGCUCAAGCUUCUUUCCCCUUUACCUCUUCGCUUUGCUGGUCUUGGAGGGGCUAGGAUGGCAAGUGAAGGAUUGCAAUCAUUGUUUCCUAUGGAGGAUAUCUCAGUAAUGGGAAUUUGGGAGCUAUUGCCACAUUUGUAUAGAAUCAGAGUGAGACUGAAUGAAACUCUGGAAGCUGCUGCUCUAUUUAAUCCUCAUGUUGUGGUAACGGUUGAUUCCAAGGGCUUUUCUUUCCGAUUCUUGAAACAGCUAAGAGCUAGGUACAAUCAGGAAAAGUUGCAUCCACCGGCGCAUGUUCACUAUGUAGCACCAUCGUUUUGGGCGUGGAAAGGCGGUGAAGCAAGGCUUAGAGGACUAGCAGAAUUUGUGGAUCAUCUGUUGUGCAUACUUCCAAAUGAGGAUAGAAUAUGUAGAUUGAAUGGAUUAUCUGCGACUUUUGUUGGGCAUCCAGUCUUGGAAGAUGUUCUGGACUUGAAUUUGAGAAACAACUUGUCAGUCAAUGAAUGGAGGGCUGAAGGAAAUGGUAAAGAUUUCUGCAUUAAACAUGGAGUGCCCUCAGGAGCCACUGUUAUUAGCUUGCUUCCUGGAAGCAGAGCACAAGAAGUCAGUCGGAUGCUCCCCAUCUUUGCAAACACGAUGGAACUACUGAAAGAUGAUGUUCCCCAGUUGAUGGCAAUCAUUCAUGUUGCACCUAAUGAGCAUGUGGAAGGUUUAAUUGCUAGUUCUGUUCGUAGGUGGCCCGUGCCUGUUGUAUUGAUUCCAGGUGGAGCAACACACCUAAGAUAUGAUGCUUUUAGUGCCAGUAGAGUUGCAUUAUGCACAUCGGGGACAGUAACUGUGGAGCUGCAGCUUGCACGUUUACCCUGUCUCGUGGCGUAUCGGGCCCAUAUUUUGACUGAAUGGUUUAUUCGGUACAAAGCGAAGAUACAAUACAUAUCACUCCCCAAUAUUCUCUUGGAUUCAGCCAUUAUUCCUGAAGCACUCUUUCAAAACUGCACACCUACGAACCUUGCCUUAAUGCUCAAAGAUUUAAUAAAUGAUGAUGGUUGUCGAGAAGAACAAAUACUUGCAGCUCAAAAGUUUGUGAAACUUCUAUCGCCUUCAGAAAGAACAAAGCACAACUUUCCACGACAACAUUCAACGAGAACACGUACUGAGCACAGCCCAAGUGAACUUGCAGCAUUGACUAUACUAAACCAUGGGAAGCCAUCAUGACUAAUAUUGUAAGGGCUUCUUUUACGGUGUAGACUCUGUGGCAUUGAAUUUGUGCUGCUGCAAGGGUUGAAGGUUUGAACCCAGAGAAGAUCAGUUUCUAGUUACUAUCAAAAGCAAUAUUUUCUUAUGGUACAUAACUAGUGGAUAUAUUUUUUAGAAGUGUGGAAUCAAAUUAGGGAUAAACAUGGCCUCGGGUGGAUCAAAAUCUAUAAACAUAGAGAGUUGGAAGACUAUUGCUCCAAAUUUUGCCAAA